AUGAUGGCCGGGUUGUUAGUCCUGGGCGUCUUGUCUGCCAUUGCACAGGAUCUCAUCUUCCGCCACUACCAAGGUCGAGUUGUCGCGACUGAUGAUGAGCAAAAAUGGGUCGGACGUGUCGGCACUGGCCUUGCUUUCCUGGUCAAAUCGCUGCUGGUCACAGCAUCGACAACUGCCUAUGUCCAGCACCUAUGGCUCGUGGUGCGGGAUCGUCCAACCUCAAUUACCACAUUGGAUGCAAUGUUCGACGCCCUCGGGAACGCUUUAAGCUUGGGAAGGCUAGGCAUAUGGACAGCACGGCCGCUUCUGCUGCUAAUCGCCGGCAUCACAUGGCUUCUUCCCCUUGCAGCGGUGGUAACUCCGUCCGCACUGUCGAUUGCGUCAGUUCUCCGCGUGAGCUAUUUAAUGGUACAAGUCCCCCAACUGGCUUUCAAUAGUCCCAUCUUCGCCAAUCUUGACGACUCUAACCGUUUCCGGGCCGCGAAUAUCCUGGUAACGAGGCUGUCGUUGUCCAGUGCAACCCAUGGCACGAUUCUGCCAAUUCCUGCUCACUAUCCAAAUUCAAGUUAUACCUUAGACUUCUACGGACCUGGGCUGAGCUGCCAGACUGCAAACGAUACCGAGACGCAGGCGUUAGACUACGACCUGUUCGGGCAUGGCAUCUCGGGGGCGAUUUACUACUAUUCAUGGUUCGGGCCGUCCGUAGCCUACUGGAAUCAGUCCUUGGAAGAUGGCCUUGACUACAAUUCCAACGACAGCUCCAGGUUCUGGGUAGGCCUCAUCUCUCCCAGCGGAGAGUCCAAUCAGCUUUAUGAAUGCGCACUUAUGAACAUCUCCUAUUCGGUUGACUUUGCCUUUAACUCGGGCACCCAGAAUCUUAUGGUUCGGCGUAAUCAGGAGAUGAACGGGAUCCCUACUGUACAAAAUACAAGUGGCAUGUCCAGUAUGGCCCUUGCAUCUCAGUCCCUUAUGUAUGUCAUGGACCAGAUUAUAACGGGAGAGAUUGGGGGUGGAGCAGCCGGCAGCCUUAUAUUCACCAGCACGACAGUACAGACCACAAACUUGGCACAAGUAAAUCCACUCUGUGGUCAGAUGGCUGGGGAUACAGACGGCGCUCAAUAUUUCGGGGCCUGUCAGAACAGCUCCUUCUCAGCAGCCCUCGAGGAACUGUUUCAAAACAUGACACUCAGUCUUCUCUCCAAUGAAUAUUUCUGGGAGAACAAUUCUACACCAGUGAAUACCACCGUCGUGACGUCGGAACUAAGGUACAUCUACCACCCAUUGGACCUUUGGAUCCCAUAUGGUGUAGCGAUCCUUUGCACGCUACUAUGUAUUGGGCUUGGUGUGUGGUCUGUCGUCAAGAGCGGUUUAUCCUAUUCGAACGGGUUUUCUACCAUCCUCCGCUCGACCAGAGACCGCAGCAUUGACCAGCUAGUAGUCCCUGAUGAGCUGGGAGGUCAAGAUCCGCUGCCAAGGCGUCUUGCUACAACCAAGCUGAUAUUUAUGGAUGAGAAUGAUCAAAGAUUGGGGUUUCAUGUCUGGACGGAACGACAGCAGUCGAACGAAGCAUAA